GGAGGGCUUUAGUUCCUCUGACACCCCUCCCCUCUCAUGCACACAGCAACAGUAGCCUCCUCUGUAGUCUAGCACAGAGCUUCCCGGAGCUGUCUGCAGAGCUACAAACCACGUAAGUAAACAGCUUGGACUUUCUAACGCCAACACUUAUGUGCUUAUACCACCCAUGUUUGACACUGGCUAGAAAGACAGUCAGUUCUCUCUAUAUUUUCUUACAUAUGCAUGCUACUUAGCAAUAGCCUCCUGAUAGCCUGCCCUACUACCAAACAGAAAGAAGAUGGUUUUGCUCAAUGUAGCUAAGGUAAUGAAUGAAUUAGUUAAUUUAAAGUGUGAAGUUUGGGCAGUGCACUCCUGGAUGUCAGACCUGAAAAGCUCAGUGUUGGUGCAGGAUUGUUAGAUAAACUUUAUUGAUCCACAAGGGAAAUUAUUUGGACAUGGUAGCUCACUCCUCACAAUAUAAUAUAAUAAAGAGUAAAAAAUAUAAAUGGUAAUAAUACAUUUUAAAUAAGUAGCAAAAAAGAUAAGAUCUGUACAGUGGCUCCUCACACAGCUCUGGGGCUAGCAUGGCCAGUGUAGAGAGCUCUGCUGUGUGUGGCAAAAUUACUGAUUUAUUUGAUUUGGUGCAAUUUUACUCAGCCUUUCCUAUACUAUGUUGCAGUAAAAAUGCAACAUAUACUAUGUUGCAUUUUCCCUCCUGUUUCAGUCGACAAAGAGAAUAAGGCCCCAUGGAUCAGACUUGUGGUUCUCCUACCUUGAUUUAUACUGCAGCGAUCAGUUCACCACUCCAGGAAGUGUGUUUAAAGCAAGAGCCUUGUGACAAGCCGAUCACCACAUCACCCUCCUCUGACACCGAUGAAGAGAAUACCCUGGACAGCAGUGAAGAGUAUCGGGAGACAUACACUGGAACAAAGCUGUAUGUGUGUGACCAGUGUGGAACAUCCCUGGGUUCAGCAUGCUCCCUCAAAACACACAUGAGGAUCCACACUGGUGAGAGACCUUACAGCUGUGACGAAUGUGGGAAGACCUUCAGAUCAUCUUCGGGUUUAAACGAACAUCGGGGCAUUCACACUGGACUGAAGCCCUUCAAGUGUGAACAGUGUGGGAAGGGCUUUAAGAACAAAAAAUCCCUCUGUGAUCACCAGCGCCUGCACAGUGACGAACACCCAUACAAGUGUGACCAGUGUGGAAAGGCAUUUAAGAGAUCGAAUCAUCUGUCUGAACACUACCAAACCCACACAGGAGAGAAAUUGUACAGCUGUGAUCUAUGUCUAAAGACUUUCAAAACCUCACAAGCACGUUCAGUCCACAGAUGGAGCCACAGUGACCAUUUGCCUCAUGAAUGCGACCAGUGUGGGAUAUCCAUGGUAACGAAGUAGAAACUGGAAAAUCACAUGAAAACCCACACCGGAGAAAGACCAUACCGCUGCGAUGACUGCG